CAUUAGUGCAAAGAGAAUACAAUCACUACAUCACUACGUUUUAUUGUAUAUCGGUGUAUUUGGUUGUUUGCAUGAUCGCAUGUAAUGUUCACGAUGUCUCACAAGCCGCCCUUGUUACCAAAAAAAACGGAGGCGUGCGGCGACGUGCGGCCACUUCUGUCGGAGGUGUUCCGCCACCAGCCGCCGCCGCCGUCGCACGAGUCUGCACAACACCGGAGCGCACAGGGGAACGACACCGAAAAGCAGAUUCCCCAAAAGUUACCAGUAAAUUCAUUACAAAUAACGGAAAUUAGAAAUCAUGAAGAUACAUUGAGAAGUGAGUACGGCAAGCAGAUGAGUCACAGGGCGCGCGCCGCAGAUUACGAGCUGUCGUACUGCGGCCCGUCGCCGCCGCUGCUCUGCGCACUUACACCCGAGGAUGCAGAAAUAACGAUGAUACGGAGACAAGAUUUGAUGCCGACAACUUUAGAAAAUACCGAUCGGCUGCAAUGUCAUUGGCUGAUGUCGACGAAUUCCGGCGACACUUGCGCCGACGUAACCCAGUCCGAAGAUUUAAAUUUACCACCAGAUGAUGAUGUCUUGUCUCCCAAAGAUUUAUCAAUCCAAUCCGUAAGGUGCGACGAGACGACGGGCUCCUUGCCGGCGGCGCCACGCCCCCCGCGCCCUCCGCGCCCGCCGCGUGCCUCGCGCCCGCCGCCCUGCUGCGUCGUCUGCGAGCCCGCAACACUCUAUUUUGUGAACUUCACAGUGGGACACGAUCAUGUGCAAAGCGUGCGCGUGGUGAACACGUCGCGGCACGCGGUGCGCCUCGCGCUGCGGCCGCCCGCGAGCCCCGCCCUGCGGCUGGCGCUGCCGGUGGGGCUCUCCCGCGGCCUCGCGCUCUCCUCGGGCGCCGCGCUCCACCUGCGAGUGCAUUUCAAGCCCAGAGACGUGCGCGCGUUCCGCGACGAGGUGCUGGUACGCGCGACGCGGGGCGCGCCCGCGGCCGUGCUCGUGCUCUGCUACCUGGAGCCGCCGCUACUCGACGUGAUAGUUCCGCGGGCGGAGUUGGGCGAGGCGUGGGGCGGGCUGGGCGCGCACGCAGCGCCGCCAGCGCGCAGCCCCGUGCUGGACCUGGGCGCGCGGCUGGCGGGCGCGCCGCACCGCGUGCCGCUGCGCCUGGCCUGCGCUGCGCAUCAUGCCGCCUUCUACGUCAUGACCGAGGACGCCUGGUGCGCCUUCACCCUCGACGAGGAGGCGAUACGAACGGGCUACGUGGUGUCGGGCGCGUUCAGCGUCGGUCCGGUUUACUGGGCGGGCAGUGCGAGCGGCGGGCUGGUGGCGCACCGCGCGCCCACGCCGGGCCUGCGCUCGGCCGCGCUACGCCUGCUCUGCUCCACGGCCGUAGUGCGCCCACUCACCAUCAUCGCCGACUCUAUUAUGUUCAACACCGACCACAUCACGCUUCAAACUCCUGAGAAGGAGUACGACAUCAUGCUGGAGGGGGACCCCGCGUGCCCCUAUUACGUGCACCUCGGCAGCGCCUUCCCCGAGCGCCCGCUCGCUGCCACUGUGCACCUGCUCAAUCACAGCGCAGUGCCGUACUCGUACUACUGGAGCGUCCGACCUUGGGACAAGACGUUGCUUUUGGCAGAGAAACAGCAUUCUGAAUUUUUUUCAGAAGUCACUGAGAGCGAUGUGACGUCUCUGCACACGGAGUCCGUGGGCAGUAUCCGCGUGGAGCCGGUGCGCGGCGUGGCGGGCGCGCGCGGCGUGAGCGCGGUGCACGUGUGCGCCCCGCGCGCCGGCGCCGACUGCGGCCUGCACCGCCUCGCGCUCAUGCUCAUUUUGACCGAUAUCCCUCGGGAAAGUUUAGGACCAGAAUAUGACAACAUCAUACUUAGCACCAAAACAGUAGAGGAAGAGGAAAUUCCUGGCCUUUGUGAGGCGUGGUCACGCACGGUGUGCGAGGUGCUGGUGACGCAGCUGGAGGUGUGGUGGGAGGUGGUUCCGCUGCGCUUCGUAUUGCAUCCGCCUGUGCUACACCUCACACACACCAAGAGGGUGAGCUCGGUGGAGCUGGAGAUGGAGGUGACGCAGCUGCACGCGGGCGGCGAGUUUACAGUGGCGUGGGCGCGGCUGCAGGUGACGCUGCGCGCGGCGAGGGCGAGCGCGCGGCGCGUGCGUGCCUACCGCGCGACCGUGCGCCACGCAGCCUCGCCCCUCUACCUGCUGGUCGACACCGCAGUUGACGGAAGAAAAGUUAGCAUCGACAUCCCUACGGGCGACGAUGUCACAUCUGUGGUGACCGUCACUAGGAGUGAAGUAAGCAAACCAAUUGCAUAA